CCCGCCGAUGGCGAGCCCGGAUCAGAAAUCCCCCAACGUCCUGCUGCAGACGCUGUGCUGCCGCAUCCUGGGCAAGGGCGAAGCUGAUGUAGCCCAGCAGUUUCAGUAUGCAGUGCGAGUCAUUGGAAGCAACUUUGCUCCUACUGUUGAGAGAGAUGAAUUUCUAGUAGCUGAAAAAAUUAAAAAAGAACUUGCACGACAAGGACGGGAAGAAAGCGCUGCUUUGUUUUCAGAGCUUUACAGAAAACUCUACUCACAGGGCAUCUUGAAAAACAGAUGGUCAAUCCUCUACCUCCUGCUCAGCCUCAGUGAAGAUCCACGAAAGCUGUCAAGCAAGGUAUCAAAUUUUGCUACACUGUUCGCUCAAGCACUGCCACGGGAUGCCCAUUCAACUCCUUACUACUAUGCCAGGCCUCAGACCCUUCCGCUGAAUUAUCAAGACCGAAAUGCCCAGCCUGGCCAAAGCUCUGGCAGUAUGGGCAGCAGUGGGAUCAGCAGCAUAGGCAUGUACGCCCCGAAUGGUCCUACUCCGACUCCGCAGUCACUUCUUCCAGGACAAUCCUAUCAGCGUGGAGGAGUGGGCGAUUGCCUUCGCCAACAGCUAGGAGCACGGCUUGCUUGGACCUUAACUGCAGGCCAGCCCACCUUACAGAACUCUACCUCAAAAGGCCUUUCAACAGCUGCUUCACGUAAUGCAUCGAGGACUAGGCGGGAAGGGGAUCUAAGUGGAUCUGUUGAAAUAACUGAAGCAUUUCUUGUGAGAGACAUUUUGUACGUCUUCCAGGGAAUAGAUGGCAAAGUCAUCAAAAUGGUCAACGCUGAAAACUGUUAUAAAGUAGAUGGAAAGGUGAGCCUUUCUAAGUCGCUGAGAGAUACGACAAGCCGGCUUGCUGAAUUAGGGUGGCUACAUAACAAAAUAAGAAAAUAUACAGACCAGAGAAGCAUGGAUCGUGCAUUUGGACUAGUGGGUCAGAGCUUUUGUGCUGCCUUAAACCAGGAACUCAAAGAAUAUUACAGGCUACUAUCUGUUUUACACUCACAGUUGCAGGUGGAAGAUGAUCAGGGUGUAAAUUUGGGGACUGAGAGCAGUUUAACACUUCGGCGUCUCUUAGUCUGGACGUACGAUCCUAAGAUAAGAUUGAAGACACUGGCAGCGCUUGUUGAUCACUGUCAAGGAAGAAAAGGGGGCGAACUAGCGUCAGCUGUGCACGCCUACAGUAAAACCGGUGACCCAUACAUGAGGUCCCUGGUGCAGCAUAUUCUCGGUCUUGUGUCGCAUCCUGUCUUGAAUUUCCUUUACCGGUGGAUUUACGACGGGGAGCUGGAGGACACCUACCAUGAAUUUUUUGUAGCUUCAGACCCUACCGUAAAAACAGAUCGAUUGUGGCAUGAUAAAUACUCAUUGAGAAAAUCGAUGAUUCCUUCUUUUAUUACAAUGGAUCAGUCAAGAAAGGUUCUUCUGAUAGGAAAAUCCAUAAACUUCUUGCAUCAGGUUUGUCAUGACCAAACUCCAUCAUCAAAGAUGAUAGCUGUGGCAAAAUCCUCGGAAUCACCAAAAGAUGCUGCUGAAAUGUUCACAGAUUUGGAAAAUGCAUUUCAGGGAAAAAUAGAUGCCGCGUAUUUUGAGACCAGCAAAUAUUUACUCGAUGUCCUUAAUAAAAAGUACAAUUUACUGGAACACAUGCAGGCCAUGAGGCGUUACCUACUUCUUGGUCAAGGAGAUUUUAUCAGGCACUUAAUGGACUUGCUGAAGCCAGAGCUUGCCAGGCCAGCAACCACUUUGUAUCAGCAUAAUCUGACAGGAAUCCUUGAAACGGCUGUCAGAGCAACUAAUGCACAGUUUGAUAACCCUGAGAUCCUCAAGCGCUUAGAUGUCAGACUUUUGGAGGUGUCUCCUGGUGAUACAGGCUGGGAUGUUUUCAGCUUAGACUAUCACGUUGAUGGGCCAAUUGCAACGGUAUUUACACGAGAGUGCACGAGCCACUACCUGCGGGUGUUCAACUUCCUGUGGAGGGCAAAACGCAUGGAAUAUAUUCUCACAGACAUAUGGAAAGGACAUAUGUGCAAUGCAAAGCUUCUAAAAAAUAUGCCAGAGCUUUCUGGGGUGCUGCAUCAGUGUCACGUUCUGGCAUCAGAAAUGGUCCAUUUCAUUCAUCAAAUGCAGUAUUACAUUACAUUUGAGGUACUUGAAUGUUCAUGGGAUGAACUGUGGAACAAAGUUCAACAAGCUCAGGACUUGGAUCACAUCAUUGCUGCUCAUGAAGUUUUCUUGGACACAAUUAUUUCUCGUUGUUUGCUGGAUACUGACUCUAGAAUGCUUCUCAACCAGCUUCGGGCCGUCUUUGAUCAGAUCCUUGAAUUUCAAAAUGCUCAAGAUACAUUGUACAGAGCUGCCUUGGAGGAGCUACAGCUACGACUGAAGUAUGAAGAAAGAAAAAAAGAGCGAGAACUUGAGGGCGAAUGGGGAGUAACAGCUUCAGAAGAGGAAGAAGAGAAUAAAAGAAUUAAAGAAUUUCAAGAUUCAAUACCAAAAAUGUGUUCGCAGCUGCGGCUUCUUACCCAUUUCUAUCAGGGCAUUGUGCAGCAGUUCUUGGUGUUACUGACCACCAGUACUGACGAAAGUCUUCAGUUUCUGAGCUUCAGGCUGGAUUUCAACGAACAUUAUAAAGCCAGGGAACCCAGGCUUAGGGUGUCUUUAGGCACUAGAGGGCGACGUUCUUCACACAUAUAAACCUCUCUGGAAGGAAUGUCUCAGGUUGGCUGAAGGUUACCUGUUGCUGGAUGUGGCAGUCCAGAUCAGCAUACUCAAACCAAAUGGCAUGCAG